AGGAGAGAGCGGUUGUUACUGCAGUGUCUUGAGCUACUUGAAUUCACACCAUGAAAAGAUUAAACUUGCUGUGCCUUCUAUUCCUGAUAUGCAUACUGAGUUGUGCAUUCCUUGACGCGGAAGCAAAAUCAAAAGACAAAAAUAAAGAAAAAUAUAAUAAAAAAUAUAAGACUGAAGGGAGUCCAAAAGAGGGGAAAAAUAAAUACUCUAAGAAUUCUCAGGAAUAUGCAGAACAAUCAAGGAAAUACAAGAAACAAGUAAAUGAAAACCUUGAACUAAACCCUCAAGAGGAUGAACCCGUAGAAAUUGUUGAAAAUCAAGAACCAGCGCAGAAACCUUACAAGCAGAAAAAAGAGAAAAAGCCAUAUACUAUAUCAGUGGAACUUCUGGAGGAGCCAGAAUUAACAAACGGUAAUAAAAUUAGUUCUGAAGAACAAAUUGACUCGGCUGUUCGCAAAGAAAGUAAACAAAAGCCAAUCAAAAGGCAAGGAUAUCAAAAUACUAAGAAAAUCCAACCACCAAAACCAAGUGCUGAAGAUACAGCGGAUUUCAUAGUCCAUGUGCCAAAGAAGAAGAAGGGCACGAGGCAAGUUUUGGUGUUUCAAGUCCCUGCGCAAGAUGAACAAAAUGAAGAAGAAGAAUUGGCAAAUGCAGUCCAGCAGUAUGUCUCAGAUGAGCAAGAAGCAACUGUAGAAGAGGACUGUGGAUGUGAAGAAAACACUGUAGAAGAAAAAUCUUCAAAU